ACCUCUGCCGCCUGUUCCACGCUGUGAAGCGCUUCGGCGGCUACGACGGCGCCUGCAAGGGGAGGCGAUGGGAUGACGUCGUCCGUCUCGUUGACGACAGGGCGCGCAGGCAUGUGCCUGAGUGCGCCAAGCACGUGCUCGCGCAGCUCUACCACGAGCAUCUCUACGCGUACGAGAAGUUCACCAGCAAACCAGUGUCAUCACAGGAGGAGAGUGGGAAGGUUGAUCUUGAUGAUCAGCCGUCAGUCUCUGGCUUGAAGGAUCAAGGGAGGAGCCAAUCUGUUCCUGGAGGAGAGAUGAUGGAUGCUGCCGAGGUUUCUGGUGUUAGGAGCCGGAAGAGGAGAGAUGCCAUCAACAAAAAAGCCAUCGGGAUGGCUUCCCAUAGUAACAACAAUGGAGGCACUGCGAAGAAUGCAGCGUCUGCCGGACCUUGGAAGUGGAAAAGGAGGAAGGUUGAUGAUGCAGAGGCAAACAAAGUGGAUGAUCAGGUCUGCGAGCAGUGUGAUAGCGGGCUGCACGGGGAUGCCAUGCUGCUGUGCGACCGCUGCGACAAAGGGUGGCAUCUGUACUGCUUGUCGCCCCCGCUCGAGAGUGUGCCUCCUGGGAACUGGUACUGCUCGGACUGCAUGAACUCCGAUAGCGAUUGUUUUGGAUUUGUCGAGAGGAGGAAGACCUGUUUGCUUGAUGCUUUCCAGCGGUUCGAUGAGAAGGUUAAGAGGAGGUGGUUUGGGCAGAGGCAUCCCAGCCGUGUUCAGGUCGAGAAGCAGUUUUGGGAGAUUGUGGAGGGGAGGGCAGGGGAGCUGGAGGUCAUGUAUGGGAGUGACAUGGACACUUCGGUUUAUGGGAGCGGGUUUCCUCGCCUUGGUGAUCCGGUGCCACCGUCGGUGGAUCUGGAGAUGUGGCAGAAGUAUUGCUCGAGCCCAUGGAACCUUAACAAUUUUCCAAACCUGCCGAGUUCAGUUCUUCGGACUGUCCAGGAUAAAAUCGCUGGUGUAAUGGUCCCUUGGCUCUACAUAGGGAUGUUGUUUUCAUCAUUCUGUUGGCAUGUCGAGGACCAUUGUUUCUAUUCAAUUAAUUAUUUGCAUUGGGGCGAGCCAAAAUGUUGGUAUGGGGUCCCUGGAGCAGAAGCAAAUGCUUUUGAACUGGUAAUGCGCAAUACUUUACCUGAUCUAUUUGAUGCACAACCAGACCUACUUUUUCACCUUGUCACAAUGCUGAAUCCCUCAGUUUUACAAGUAAAUGGUGUUCCGGUUUAUAGUGUGAUGCAGGAACCUGGCAACUUUGUGAUUACUUUUCCCAGGUCAUACCAUGGUGGUUUCAAUUUAGGUUUAAAUUGCGCGGAGGCUGUUAAUUUUGCUCCUGCUGAUUGGCUACCUCAUGGUGGUAUUGGAGCUGAACUGUAUCGUAUGUACCGUAAGGCACCUGUUUUGUCCCAUGAAGAGCUUUUGUAUGUGGUCGCAAAGAAUGGUGUGAGCAGUGAAUCACUUUCCUACUUGAAAGGUGAAAUAGAAAGGUUAUUUCUGAAAGAGAAAAAAUGUCGAGAGGAGCUAUGGACUAACGGGACUGUCAAAUCCAGUCUAAUGCCAGCAAGGAGUAACCCAAACUAUAUCGGAACUGAAGAGGAUCCUAUGUGCGUCAUAUGCCGACAGUAUCUGUAUCUUUCAGCAGUUUCUUGCAACUGUAGGCCUUCUUCUUAUGUCUGCCUUGAGCACUGGAAGCACCUUUGUGAAUGCAGUCCAGAGAAGCAUCGCUUACUUUACCGCCACACCCUUGCAGAGUUGGGUGAUUUAGGUUGCGAGGUCAAGGCAGGGGAGAAUGUUAAGCAGUGCCCCUUCUUGCUUAAUGACAUCCCCGCACCCUUUAAAAAGGUUAAAGAUCGGUAUAUAUCAUAUGCACAACUUGCUGAGGAUUGGCUUUCAGAAUCUGAUCGUAUUCUCAAUAUGCCAUUCCUGGAUACUGCAUAUUCUACUGCCUUGGAAGCUUGUGGACAAUUUCUGUGGGGCGACCAUGACAUGGAUUCUGUCCGGAACAUGGCACUAAAAUUAACUGAGGCUAAGAAAUGGGUUCUGAGUGUUAGAAAUUGCAUUUCGAGAAUUGAUGAGUUUUUGCUCUGCAAACAUAAGUUUUCGGAAAAAGUGAAGUAUGCGGAAAUCGAAAAAUUAGUUGCUGCAAGAUGUAAAUCAUUCUGUGAGCCUGGUCUUCCACAGUUGCAGGCCUAUGUAGAGAAAGGAAAGAUGAUGAUUAGUGAAAUAAACAUUGCAUUAUCAUCCGUUUUAACGGUUGAGCACUUGGAAACACUGUACUCACGGGCUUCAGAAUUCCCUAUUGAGCUAACAGAAACAUCAACAUUGUGUUGUGAAAUUUCUUUUGCAAAGUCUUGGUUGAAGAAAACAUGUGAUCUCCUUGAACAUAAUAGAGCUGGCACCAUUGACAUUGAUCUCCUAAAUACUCUAAAAUUAGAGAUGGUACAGCUCAGAGUUGUAGUUCCGGAAAUUGAACUUCUUUCAAACCUGUGGAAAGAAGCUGAAUCAUUGAGAAGGCGGUGCCAAUCAUAUCUCCAAGACUCCCCUGUUCUAAAGGAACUGGGGAGUUUUCUCCUUGCGUUGGAUGGUACUAAGUUCAGUAUUCCAGAACUGAAUCUUCUUAAGCAACAUUAUUCAGGUGCUUGCUGCUGGGCAAGUCUUGUUAAUGGCAUACUCAGAAAACUUUUUGAAAGGAACGACUAUCACAACAUUGUUGAGGAGUUGACAGGCAUCGUAAGGGACGGGAAAUCACUGAGAGUAAAAGUCGACGAACUGCCAAUUGUUGAAAAAGAAUUAAGGAGGUCCCUUUGCAGGAAGCAAGCAUGCGAGGCCCUUGCAACACAAAUGUCCAUGGAUUUUAUUGAAGAAAUACUAACACAAGCCUCCAUAUUAACUAUUGAAGAGGAACUGCCAUUUGUUGAUCUGUCCCAACUGCUAAAAAAUGCCACUGCUUGGGAACAAAAGGCCCGACUUAUGCUUGAGCAAUCAGCUUCUCUCUCUGAGUUUGAAGACCAUAUUCGGUGCGCAGAGGACAUACAAGCUAUCCUCCCGUCUGCACCAAAUAUGAAAGCACAGAUUGUUGUAGCCAGGUCGUGGAUGGACAAAUGUCAGGCCUAUCUGAGACCUAGAUGUGAUGAACUUGGGCCUGUAGUUCUUAAAGUUGAUGACUUGAAGGAUUUAAUCUGUCGGCCAGCAAGUAUGAGAGUCAUUCUCGACACUUCAGCACUUAAUUCUGUUCUCAGUGAAGUUGAAAAGUGGGAACACAAUUCACUAAGUCUGUUGAUCAAUUUAAGAACCCUACUGCAUUUGAAUAUGGUCGGCUCUACAGUUGACCCACUUGAAAGAAAUUUGGAGGAGCUGCAAAAUAAAAUCAGUGGAGCAAUAGAAAGUGGAUUAUCUCUUGGUUUCGAGUUAAAGGUUCUUAAUGAACUGAAAGAUUGUUUGCUGACAGUUGGAUGGAUGUUGAGAGCACUGUCCUUCUGCUCCAGGAUUCCCUUGUUAGAGUUAACCUUUCAGCAUGUUGAUAGAGCAACUGAAGAAGCUGUCAACAUUCCUGCCUUUUUGUUAAAAUGCCCUUUAGCAACACUGUUGAUGAGCGGAUUAUCUUGGCUAAGAAAAGCACUUGUUUUGCUUCUGGAGUCUGAAAAGUCUGUAAAACCUAAAUUGGAAAAUGCUGAAAAUAUUCUAGCAGAACAUCAGAAAAUUGCUGUUCCUUAUUCUAUAAUGACCGCUGAGCUUGAAGAUGCUAUAAGCAAACAUAAGUCAUGGACAGAGCAAUGUCAUGCUUUCUUUAUGUUGCCCGAUUACCAAUCUUGGGCUGGACUACUAAGGCUUAGAGACAGAGGCCAGUCCGUUGCAUUGGAUUGUUGUGAAAUGGAUAGGGUUGUUCUUGAUAUUAAAAAGAUUGAUGGGUGGUUCAAUCAGUGUCGCUGUACUCUGUCGGCAGAUGUCAAUGAUAAUGGUUCUUUGCUCUCCAUUCUUCAAAAGAUCAGCGGAUCAUUGGACAAUGCUUCUAUGCUAUAUGCUGAUGAUUGUAAGAAGAAAGAGUUCUGUGUCAUCUGUUCAUGUGAUGUGGGUGAUGUUGUAGCCUCUAGAUGUGUAAUAUGUCUAGACUGGUACCACAGCUCUUGUGUGGAAUCACUGCUUGCUUCUAAACAAAUGUCCAGCGAAUGUAUUUGCCCAUUUUGUUUCUCUCUAGAAAGUGGGGAUCCAUUAGAGAAAGGAAUACAAGAAAGGAUUUCUAAAGGGAACCGUCCUGCUCUUAGUGCACUUACUGAACUUGUCAGUUCCGCAAAGGGUUUCUACAAAGGAAUCGAGGAGUUGGAUUUGUUGGAAGAGAUUACAAAGAAGGGUUGUGGCUUGAAGUCCUAUUUGAUGCAAAUUUUGCAUGACGCGGAUUCUUACGACGGAGAAGAUCUUAGUGUGAUGUGCAAACCUCUUGUAGUUGCUCUAAAGGCAACAUCAGCUGCUGGCUUAUAUGAUCAGCAAAUCAACAACAACAUUGAGGUGAUAUUGAGCAGAUAUUCGUGGAAGAAACAUAUUCAUAAUAUCUUGUGUGGUGGAAGACAGACAUCCAUCCAACAUGUAAUGCGCCUUCAUAAAGAGGGUUCAAAUUUAGAGAUAUCUGGUGAAGAUUUCUUCAAGUUGGAGAUAUGUAAAAUAAAAGAAACCAGUCAACAGUGGCUCACCAAAGCAGAAAAGGCUGCGUUUGAUUGUGGUGAGCUUCCACUUGAUCUUGUAUAUGGGCUUAUUACUGAAGGGGAGAACCUAUCUGUAGAUGUUGAGAAGGAACUUAAGGUACAUAAGCUAAUCUACAUCUCAUUAUUCAUUGAGAUCUUCGUUGGUUCUUUUUUCACCGACCAAGUUUCAUUGCAGUUGCUCAGAGAUCGGAGCAUCCUUUACUGCAUUUGCCGUAAGCCAUAUGAUAACAGGGCCAUGAUCGCCUGCGACCAGUGCGACGAGUGGUAUCACUUUGACUGCAUUAAUGUGUGUGGACCCCCUCAGGAAACAUUUCAUUGUCCUGCUUGCUGUCCUAACAAUGGUGAAGUUUUUAUAUUGCUCCCACGGCCAGCCAGCGAGGAAGAUAGAGCAAGCAUCGAAGCAGGACCUCACACUCCUCCAGCAUCUUGUGACAAGUCGGAAACUGUGGAGGCUAACAAGUGUAGCAACAGUAAUUCGCGGAAGAAAUCCGAGGUUAGGGUAGAUUUAGUGAAAUUUCUGCGUCAGGAUAGCGAGCUAGAUAAGACGUGGCGGGAAAACAAAAAGGUCCUCCACAGAACGGCCAGAAGACGCAGCAACUUAUUAUGACGUUCCCAAAACAUUCCCUGUUUUUAGCAUGUACAAGCCUCUUCAGGCUAUCUUUUUUUUUUCUCGAUUCUUUCAUGUAAAAAAGCUGAUGGAAAGUCAAUUUCUGAAUAUGGUGGGUUUGCGUUGUCA